ACAUGUUGUUAAAUUCAAAAUGGACUCAAGAAAUGAGGAGAAAAACAAGGUAUAGAACAUUUUAUGACUGAAAACGAAGUUCUAGUACUUGAAUCUGAAAAUGUCGGAGAAGAAGUGCUUAACACAACUUGUACUGAAAAACCUAAAAGAGAUUAUGAGAAUGAAAACCAAAAUGAUCAAGUAGAUCUGAUGGAAGUGCAUGGUUCGGAAAGUUUUGAGGGACAUCUCUCUGAUGACGUUGAGAAUAUUGUUGUCCUUAAAGAAGCAGGGAAGUCAGCCCCGGGAAGUGAUGCAGCACAUGAAGAUGAAAUUAAUGCUGUUAGUGAAUUGUUUAACCUCGACACAAACUUGACUUCAUCAAAUCCGAAUUUGAAAGAAGACUAUUAUGGAAAAACUGAAGGAACCGAAGCUUUUGCAGAGGACACUUUAGGGCAAAAAUCUGAAACCAGUGAGCCUCAAGUACCUACUCUACAAAAGGAAUUGGUUACUGAAUCCUGUUUGUCACCUAAAGAUGCCGGUGAAUUCAAAGGUGACGAGGAUGAAUUGACUAAGGAAGAAGAGAAAAAAAGGCACGAGGAGCUGAUGGAACAGUAUAAGUUAUCUAUAGGCGAGCAAAAAGCUGCGAGAGAACUGAAUCUACAGCUUCAAACUAAAUUGGCUGAGUAUUUUAGGCGCAAAAAAGUUGAUACUUCGGAUCCUCUGAAUUCAACCUCAAGUACUGGUGGUAGUGCAAGUGAUGUUAGUAUAGACUAUGAGCAGCGAUUCGCUAGGUAUGUAUCGAGCCUAGCAGAUCUUCAUCACCAGUAUGAUGAAAUGAAAACUUCAUACAGCAAGCAAAUUGAAGAGCUUAAGAUUUUGAGCGAAAAAAGACAACAGGAAGUCGAUAAAGCAUAUAAAGAGUUUAUGAACUUCAAAUAUAGCAUAGGAAAGGAGGCGGUUCAUAGUCAAACUGGAAAGCCAAUCAACCCUAAGGAACUUACCGCUAUAUUUGAAGCCGAGAAGAAUAAAGAGGCUAUGUUGAGAGAAGUGCGGCUAGAAAACAUUAAGCUGAAGAAUGAAGUUUCAAAGGUGGAGACUCUUUUGAGAUCAAAAGAAGAACUCGCAGGGGGCUUGCAUUUGAUCGACUUUGAACAGCUGAAAAUAGAAAAUCAGACUUAUAAUGAGAAAAUUGAAGAAAGGAAUGAAGAGUUGAGUAAACUCAGGCGAAAAAUUUCGAACAUGGUUCAAAUAACGACUCAUAUUAGAGAAAAGCUUCAAGCUGUCCAAAACGAUAAUAUCAACCAAAGAAAAAAGCUUGAUGAAGCUGAUGUUGAACUUACGCUAAACAGAGAUAAGUUAACGAAAAUGAAGCAAACGAGAGAGCUUCUGAGAGCAGAAAAUGCUCGGCUUCGGAGAUCAUGUGGCUUGCUGGGAAAGAAUACUCUACUACUUAACUAUGAAGAUUCUUAUGAUUCGGUACUACAUAAAAGACAGUCUUUGAAUGAGACAAAACUCAUUACUGCCAACUAUCAACUUCAGACAAAGAGCUUAGCCCAGAAAAUCAGGGAUUUUAAGAAUAAUAAGACAGGUCUGUGAACUUCUUUCAUGGUUUUUAGGACGGGAUUUUGUUGAAUGAAGAGUAUGUAAAGGGACUUGUGGUCUGACGAAUUAUACUAAGUCAUAAUUUCACUUCUAUAUGAUUAGUUGACGUACUGUAACUCUAUAAAAUACGCUGACUAUUUGAAAUCAAAGUUCAAUAAUAAACCAAUAUGAAUUUGAGCAAACAUUCAGG